CUUGACUUUGAAUACAUGCUAAGGUACAAGCCUCUAAAGCAAUAUAUCCCAAGGGUUGUAUGCACCCGAGUUGCACCCAAAACCAAUCACCAUAACUCGCAAUCAUUUCCGUGGCUAUAAAUAGACAGAGCCUUUCUCGUACUACAAUUCACACCAGACCAUACCAUAAUUCACUCACGAAGAUGAGCAAAUCUCCACUCCUCUUCUUUCUUCUUUGCAUUUUAUGCUCAGCACAAUGCGAUGAGGCGGAGAGCGUCGACCUUGGAGGGCUGAGCAGACGCAGCUUUCCCAAGGAUUUCGUGUUCGGGACGGCGGCGUCCGCCUAUCAGGUGGAGGGCAUGGCCAGUAAGGGCGGCCGGGGCCCCAGCAUUUGGGAUACUUUCAUCAAGCAACCUGGACGUGAGCCGAACAAUGCCUCUGGGGAAGUGUCAGUGGACCAGUACCAUAAAUAUAAAGAGGACAUUGAUCUUAUGGCGAAGCUGAACUUUGAUGCGUACAGAUUCUCAAUUUCAUGGCCUAGAAUAUUUCCAAAUGGAACUGGAAAGGUGAAUAAGAAGGGAGUUGCCUAUUAUAAUAGGUUGAUCAACUACAUGCUCAAAAAAGGUAUAACACCUUAUCCUAAUCUCAAUCACUAUGAUCUUCCUCAAGCUCUUCAGGAUCGGUACAACGGGUGGCUGGGCCGUCAAGUGGUGGAAGAUUUUGCAGAUUAUGCGGAGUUCUGUUUCAAGACGUUUGGUGACAGAGUGAAGAACUGGCAGACGUUUAAUGAGCCGAGGGUGGUGGCUGCCCUUGGAUACGACAACGGAUUCUUUGCUCCCGGGAGGUGUUCUAAAGCGUUUGGAAAUUGCACGGAGGGGAACUCUGCGACUGAGCCUUAUAUCGUUGCUCAUAAUCUGAUUUUAUGCCAUGCGGCUGCUGUGCAGAGAUAUCGUGAGAAAUAUCAGGAAAAGCAGAAGGGGAGGAUUGGCAUUCUGUUGGAUUUUGUUUGGUAUGAGCCUCUUACAAGAUCCAAAGCUGACAACUAUGCUGCUCAAAGGGCAAGAGACUUUCAUAUUGGAUGGUUUAUGCAUCCUCUGGUGUAUGGAGAGUAUCCAAAAACGAUGCAGAACAUCGUCGGGAAAAGGCUGCCAAAGUUCACGAAAGAAGAGGUCAAGAUGGUGAAGGGAUCCUUCGACUUUGUGGGCAUAAAUCAGUACACUGCAUACUAUAUGUAUGACGCUAAACAAACCAACUCAAAGGACUUAGGCUACCAACAAGAUUGGCAGUGUGGAUUUGCUUAUGAUCGUCAUGGAGUACCAAUCGGGCCAAGGGCACACUCCUACUGGCUUUACAUUGUGCCAUGGGGUCUAUACAAAGCUGUCAACUACAUCAAAGAACGCUAUGGAAAUCCCACCAUGAUUUUGGCUGAGAAUGGUAUGGAUCAACCCGGCAACCUCACAAUCCCCAAGGUUUUGCACGACACGGUAAGGAUCAACUACUACAAGAGCUACUUGGUAGAGCUAAAGAAGGCAAUCAAAGAUGGAGCAAACGUGGUAGGCUAUUUUCAAUGGACUUUUGUCGACAACUUUGAGUGGAGGUUAGGGUACACGUCCAGGUUUGGCAUUGUCUACGUCGAUUUCAAAACCCUCAAGAGGUACCCCAAGAUGUCGGCUUACUGGUUCAAGCGGCUGCAACAGAGAGACAAGCAUUAAGUAGCAAUGUCCGACUACCUUUUUAAUGUUUCGUUUCAGUUCACUGGUUGAAUAGAUAGAAUUAUGAUCCAUUAGGGAAUCAAAUAAGAUUUAGAUGUAGAAGAAGAAGUCAAUGUGUUUUUACUCCUUUUGUACCUGGAUGAUUCAGUUUUAAGUGGUCUAGCAAGCUUUGUUUCUUGCAUGGGGUUGCUGUUAUAAAUUUUGAAGGGAAUGAAAACGGAGAAUUGUGCACUAUGUUGAAAUGGA